ACCGACCUAUAGUGUAUUCUUUUUUACAAAGUGGUGACACUGAAUUAAUUCACCAUGAUUGGGCGUAUGGGCGGAGCAUAGGAGCCCUCAUAAAAAGCCUUUUAAGUCUCACUGUCACUUUGCUUCAGUCAUAUGUUUUCCGUUGCUUUUGUACAGUCUCGUCGCCCACCUCUGUCAAAGUGUCAAAGUUUGUGUUUUGCGUUUUUGCGGUGUUCGCGAGUAUUUUUGCCAAAACGCAUCCUGCCAGGUACCUCCGUCGUCCAAAUCGUUACCUGAGAUCCAGAACCUUGAAUCGCACGACUCGGUCAAAUAUUUUUACGCUGUUUGAUCAGUACGCGAUUUGUUAUCAUCGCGCGCAACUCAACCUAACCUAUUGUCACACGUAAUAUUCCGUCUCGUAUUUACUUGCAGAGUGUCAGCGAGUUAAUCGUCUAUUCGAAUAACAAACAGGAAGUUGUCGCGGAUGAUUCCACGUGGAUUCGCGCCAUGCGUGAACAUUGUGUGACUUGUUGUUGAGACUGCGAGAAAGAACGCUAUUUCGCAAACGAGAUCCUGUUUCGUAAAAUCGUAAUCGAUAAAAAUUGUGACGAACCGUUGAGGCUCGAUUCGUCAGACAAACAGAAGAAUAUCCUAAGAUAAGAGUAGAGAGAAGAGAUUGAAACACUGUGUAUUUGAAAGUAACACUUGUUCCCAUGGUAAGAAUGAACGGAAAAGCCAACAGUGCUACGGCCAGGUUAAGACAAGAUUACGUACGUCUUAAAAAGGAUCCGGUACCGUAUGUUCUUGCUGAACCAGACCCCUCGGAUAUACUAGAAUGGCAUUAUGUGGUUAUAGGGCCAGAAAAAACUCCAUACGAGGGUGGUUUUUAUCAUGGAAAGCUUGUAUUCCCAAUGGAAUUUCCAUUUCAACCACCUAGCAUUUACAUGACCACUCCAAAUGGCCGAUUUAAAGUCAAUAUGAGAUUAUGUCUGUCCAUAUCUGAUUACCACCCUGAUACGUGGAAUCCGGCGUGGAGUGUGUCAACUAUUCUUACAGGCUUGCUCAGUUUUAUGCUUGAGAAUAGUCCUACACUUGGUAGUAUGAGUACAACGGAUUAUGAAAAGAGACAACUAGCCGCACAGAGCUUAGAAUAUAAUCUGAAGGAUAAGAUGUUUUGCGAGCUGUUCCCAGAUACUGUUGAGACGAUCAAAAUUGAAUUGGAACGUCGGAAAGAACUUGAGAAACAAAGGCAUCAAUCCACCGCGUCCGAAGUGUCUUCAUUAAUACGAGAUCAGCUACAGAGAGAUCAGAGCCCAUUGCAGAGCGCACUGGCCAAUUUGGUAGUUAUCAUAGGUUUUGCAGCGUUCGCGUACACUGUGAAAUACGUGCUGAGGAGCAUAGCCACGGAAUAAAACUCGGGUUGGAAUCAAGCUGCUUGCACUGCAAAAAAAAAAAAAACGACACGGGAAGGAAACAACGUACACAUACCACUUAUCGUAAUCUAUCCUGUUUGAACUGUGUCACACACGAGCAAGUUCAAAACUCUUUGCCAGUAAGCUGUGGAUAGUUUGGUAGAUUUUUAUAUCGAGGUCCAUUGUAAAAUACAUUAUAAUCAUUCUGAUUGCCGCAUUAUUAACCACGGAUUCGAUUCGCUGGUCAUUAAUGAUGAGAAAAAAAAAAAAAAAGAAAAAACCGAGUCGAUAGUUUCUCUCUUUUAAUUCAGAUAAUACGGGAUACGUGUGCAAGAUGAAGAAAGAACAUAUAAUUGUAUAGUAAAUAGAUCUUCGGUCCUUUUUUUAUACUGGACUUUGCACUCUCGUAGCUUGAUUUGUAGGAAAUAGCGAAAUUAGAGAUUGUUCUUCUCUCAUGGUGCUGAGAAAUAAUCUUCCGUUGAAUCCUUUUUUUUUUUUUUUUUUUUUUUUAACAAUUUUGAGAUCUAUUGUAUUCGAUGUGUUCGAAGAAGAAACGCAUAACUGUGCAUGUUACACGGUAAUAUGUUAUUAUUAUUCUUGAUAGAGAAUCUCUUUUGGAUCGAAAUGCAUAAAUGUCAGUUGUAUUCAACGUCGUGCCAACAAAAAUCUGAAUCCGACAUUGCCGUAGUAAUUGAAUCAAAUUGUGUCACACAAUAGUCUCAGACAUAUCGUUUAUCGAAAACAAAAAGUUUGUUUUGUAAAUACAAAGACAGAAGACGUUAUGAAAAAAAAAAAAAAACAAAAAAAUUAUAACAUCUCAACGCGAGUGAUCGAAAACUCGAACGAAUAAUUGAAUUUGUAUUCGUUAUAUUAGAGAGAUAGUGUAAUUUUGUUGGCUGUUCUAUGUAACACUAUGACUGUCACAUAUAUAACUCUUUUGCGAAUUUCGAAAUGAUAUGUUUCUCUCGUCGCGAUAAUUAGUAUAAUUUGCAAGGUCGCUUGCUUGUUUUUUUUUUUUUUUUUUUUUUUUUCUUAACGAAGAAACAUACACUUCUUCCACGUAUAAAACGACCCACAACGUUUCUUCCUUAAUUAACACAUGUAUUAAUUAUUGAUAUAUUCGCUAAUCUCCGAUUCCCCUCUCUUGCUCUUCCAUGACGAGUUAUUUGUUUGUGUAAUAUAUCCGAAUGAGCAAGAAGAAUUUUGCGUGAUUUUUAGGGACAAAAAAAAAAAAAAAAAAAAAAAAAAA